AUGCUGCCGAAGCCCACAUUGAGCUUCACUAUCCCGAGCGUCCAUGACCACACCAAGCUCGACUGCCGCGUCUUCCACCCCGCCAGCCUGGGCAGCCAACCGCCCAACGCCCCGCGAUGGGGUCGGCACGUCGCAGUCGUCGCGCACCCGUACGCGCCGCUAGGAGGAAGCUACGAUGAUCCCGUCGUCGACGUCGUCGCGGGGACGUUGUUGCAGCUGGGAUUCAUGGUGGCGACCUUCAAUUUCAGAGGCGCAUCAUCGUCGUCGGGGGCGCGUACGUCCUGGACGUCGCGGCCGGAGCAGGCCGACUACAUGUCCGUGGUAGGGUUCAUGGCCUACUACGCACACUACAUCGACUCCCCCCACCGAAUCAGCACCGAAGGCUCAGUGUCGCCAAUCAUGCUGCAGGCCGGCUACUCCUAUGGCGCCAUGGUGACCACCAAACUGCCCCCGCUCGACACCAUCCUGGCCAUCUUCGAGAGCCCGCCCAUCCACGGAGCCGCAGCGGAUAUCAGACUGCGCGCACAGCAUCUGGCCGAGCAGCAGAACAGACUGCUCGACCACCCAGCCUCCCCGAGGAAGUCGCUGGGGAUGAGGGUCGGGGGCGACGAGGAGCUGCCGCGCCAAAGCCGCGAGAGGAGGCGAUCACAUUCGCUGGACCGGGAAGAAAGGAUCCGGAAGGGCGUCAGGGAUAUUCUGGCCAGGACCAAGCGCAUACACAGGAAGCACCGGCACGAGUCCCACGACCACGCCGGGGAGGCACCAGUCGGCGAAGAGGAGUGUAUGGCCAAGGCGGAGAACCCGCUGCCCUACCGCAGUGCCUACGUGGCAGUCUCUCCCCCCAUUGGCGUCGUCACCAACCUGGCCACCAUGUCUUUCGCCAAUCCCUUCAGUGGCUGGCCGAAAAGGGCCGCCAGGGCGGACGGCCCGGGUACGCACCACGAGGGCGCGGCCGAGCCCGGGCUGGAUGCGUCGGAAACCAAGCUGGCCCGCAAUCCGACAUUGGCCGUCUACGGUGAUCAAGACGGAUUCCUCACGCUGCGCAAAUUCCGGGAGUGGACGACAAAGCUCAAGGCCCACGAGGACUCGCGGUUUUGCGACAAGGAGGUCAGUGGGGCUGGCCACUUCUGGGUAGAGGAGGGGGUCAUGUACGAGCUCCGCAACGCCGUGGGCGCCUUUGCGACAGAGCUGCUCGGGUUCAAGGCGCAGAUUCUGCAGCCGUACGAUGGCAGCUGA